AGAGGCUGUUAAUGAAUGUGUGAACAGGUCAAAGGUGGAGAAGAAGAUCAUAACAACCUCCUCCUCUUCUGUCUGAAGGCGCCUCUCUCUCCCUGUGUGUGUGUGUGUGUGUGUGUGUGUGUGUGUCGCUCUCUCUCUCUCUCUCUCUCUCUCUCUCUCUCUCUCUCUCUCUCUGUCUCUAUCUCCUCCCCCCCUCUCUCUGUCUUCGGGAGUCUCAUUCAGAGAGGACUGAUGUAGAGGAGGCAGCCACCGUCCGCUCUUCCUCCUCCAGUCUUCUUUACGCGCAGCGGAGUGAUGGCAGCGCUGCGCCCGGAGAGGAGCCUCCUCCUCCUGCUGGGCUUCUUCUCCACCUCGGCAGCCUGGGACCUGGUUCUCCUCCACACCAACGACGUGCACGCCCGGGUGGAGGAGACCAGCAAGCACUCCGGGAAGUGCAGCAGCAGCAGGAGCAGCGGCGGCGGGUGUUUCGCCGGGGUGGCCCGGAGAGCCACGGUGGUCAACAGGAUCCGCUCCUCGCAGACCAACGUGCUGCUGCUGGACGCCGGAGACCAGUUCCAGGGGACAGUGUGGUUCAAUUACUACAAAGGAGCCGAGGCUGCGCACUUCAUGAACAAACUGCGUUAUGAUGCCAUGGCUUUUGGAAAUCAUGAGUUUGAUAACGGAGUGGAGGGGCUCAUGAAACCGUUCAUGGAGAAGAUCCAGUGUCCUGUUCUCAGCGCCAACAUCAAACCGGAUGAAACUCUGGCCGCCACGUUUGGCAGCUCUUACUUACCGUAUAAGAUACUGACAGUUGGCAGCGAGAGGGUGGGCGUGGUGGGAUACACAUCACAGGAAACUCCUGCUCUGUCCAAACCUGGACCACACCUGCGGUUCGAGGACGAGGUGACCGCCCUGCAGCUGCAGGUGGACAAGCUGCAGACGCUGGGCGUGAACAAGAUCAUCGCUCUGGGCCACUCUGGGUUCACCGUGGACCAGGAGAUCGCCAAGAAGGUCCGCGGGGUCGACAUCGUCAUCGGCGGACACACCAACACCUUCCUCUUCACAGGACCUCCCCCGUCCUCCGAGGUCCCGGCGGGUCCGUAUCCGUUGAUGGUGAGAUCAGACGACGGGCGGCCGGUUCCAGUUGUGCAGGCUUACGCCUUCGGAAAAUACCUGGGUCAUCUGAAGGUGACCUUCGACGAUGCUGGUAACGUGGUGAAGUCCACAGGAAACCCCAUCCUGCUGGACAGCAGCGUCCCACAGGAUCCGGACUUUCUCGCGGACGUGGAGGAAUGGAAAAAGAAUCUGGCCAAUUACUCUGCUCAGGUGGUGGGACAGACUCUGGUCUUCCUGAACGGGACCACUGAAGAGUGUCGGUUUCGGGAAUGCAACCUGGGAAACCUGAUCUGCGACGCCAUGGUCAACAACAACGUCAGAUUGUCAGACGAUGUCCAGUGGAGCCACGUCAGCGCCGCCAUCUUCAAUGGAGGAGGCGUCCGCACGUCUGUAGACGAAACCACCAGGAACGGUUCGAUAACCAUGGAGGACCUGAUCUCCGUCUUACCUUUCGGAGGAACCUUUGACCUGGUGCAGCUGAAGGGCUCCACACUGAGAAAAGCUUUUGAACACUCAGUGAAACGAUAUGGCCAGAGCACCGGAGAAUUCCUACAAGUGUCUGGAUUUCACGUAGAGUUUGACCUCUCCAAACCUCCGGGGCGUCGCGUGAGGAGCCUCAGCGUCCUCUGCACAAAGUGUCGAGUUCCUCACUACGAACCUGUUGAGGACAAGACGGUUUACACCGUGGUGCUGCCGUCCUACAUGGUGGUGGGCGGAGACGGAUUCUCCAUGAUCAAAAACGAGACGCUCAGACACAACAGCGGGGAUUUAGACAUUUCGGUCGUGUCCAACUACAUUGCACAAAGAAAGAAGGUUUAUCCGUCUGUUGAGGGACGCAUCAAGAUCUACAACUCAGCUUCUGGACAGCUGGGACAGACGGCUUCGCUGGUUUUAUUGGUUUCACUGUGGCUGCUCUGGACUCUGGAUUUUUAACCGAACUGCAUGUGAAGAAUUGCUGAUGGAUGUGAUUCGACGCGACCGAAAAUCUCUUUUAAUCCUGUUUUACAUUCAUUUUAAAACAUACGCAGAGCUCUAGUGGUCAAGAACAAACUGGUUGGAGCGUCUUCAGACUCCAUGUGGACCAAGUUUGGACACAAACAGAAGGAAAUCCUCAAAUUUCUAACCAGAAACAUGAAAUAAAAACUCUUUACACAAGAA